AUGACCCACUCGUGCUGCUCCUCUUGCUGCCAGCCUACGUGCUGCAGAACCACCUGCUGCCGGACCACCCGCUGCCAGCCCAGCUGCUGUGGGUCCAGUGGCUGUGGACACAACUGCGGUGGGUCUAGCGGCUGUGGGUCCAGCUGCUGCCAGCCUUGCUGCCGCCCAACUUGCUGUCACACCACCUGCUGCCGGACCACCUGCUGUAGGACCACCUGCUGCCAGCCCAGCUGCUGUGGGUCCAGCGGCUGUGGACACAACUGCGGUGGGUCUAGCGGCUGUGGGUCGAGCUGCUGCCAGCCUUGCUGCCGCCCAACUUGCUGUCACACCACCUGCUGCCGGACCACCUGCUGCCAGCCCAGCUGUUGUGGGUCCAGCGGCUGUGGGUCCAGCGGCUGUGGACAAAACUGCUGUGGGUCCCACUGCUGCCAGCCAGUUUGCUGUACCCCCGUGUACUGCACGAGAACCUGCUACCACCCCACCUGCUGCUGCCUGCCUGGGUGCCUAGCCCAAGGCUGUGGAUCCUGCUGCCAGCCCUCCUGCUGCUGA